AUGCCGCUGCCUCGUGCUAAAAAUCUUACUGAAAAUGACAUUCUUCAGAAUCUCAAUGACUCAGAAUAUGAGUCAAACUCGGAAGAAGAUCCUUUUGAAGAUAAUGGGACGGAUGAUAGGUACAGCCCUAAUAGUGAACGAGAGGAGUCGUCCAGUUCUUCAAGUUCUUCCUGUGAAGAUGAAGUCCCGGUUGAUGAAGAUGACAACGAGGUAAUACCAUAUGAUUCUCCUGCUCCAAGUCGUCGAAGAACACGUCGUCCACGUGGGUCACUUAGUAGUAGUCGGGGAAGAAAUAUUAGAUCUCGCGGAAGAAGCGGUCGCGGAAGUAAAAGCCGAGGACGCGGUCGGGUAAGACAGGAAAAUAAUUCCGUUGCACCUAACGAAUCCCUUGAUCGUGAAUUGAAGACUAAAGAGUUUGCCCCAACGCCUCCGCAACUUUCUGCCCCGUCAUACCUGCCGAUAGAUACUACCGAUUAUGAUUCUUCACAGUAUUUUAGUCAGUAUAUCGAUGACGACCUCAUUGCUUUGAUCACGAAUAAAACUAAGCAAUACUAUUUAUUCCGAUCCGGAAAACCCCUAUAUUUUAAUGAAAAGGAAUACAAAACAUUUAUUGGAAUCACUAUGAUGAUGUCGUGCAUAAACUACCCUUACAUUAGAAUGUACUGGGAAAAUAAAUGGCGAGUUCCUUUAGUAGCAGACUGUAUGCCACGUAAUAUAUACUUUCUUUUGAGAACCGCGUUGAAGAUUGUAUUUGAUCGCGAUGUAAGUCAAGAGCACAGAAACCAAGAUAAACUGUGGAAGGUUAGACCUUUGAUCGAGAGAGUACUGCAAGGAUGCCACAAGCAAAUACGACACCAACACAUUUCCAUAGAUGAAAUGAUAAUUAUGUUUUCUGGAAGCUGCGGUUAG